AGUAAUGGCUGUUAUACCUCAGGUAGGUGACAUCAGAUGCCGGGUGUUAUAGGUGACAUUACUUCUACACUAUAAAGGCUAAAGACAUAUAGUAUUGGCUGUUCUGUACUUUAUGGUAUGAAACAGUAUAAUGGAGGUAGAAUUGGAGGUUUUCUUCGGUGCACUCUUCGUUAUACAUAUUCAGUGGGGAAAAUAAGUUUUUGAUGCACUGACGAUUUUGCAAGUUUUCCCACCUACAAAGAAUGGAGAGGUAAGUAAUUUUUAUCGUAGGUACACUUCAACUGUGAGAGACAGAAUUUAAAAGAAAAAUCCAGAAAAUCACAAUCGCAAAAAAAAAAUUACGUUCAGAUUCAUAUGAGUAUAUUACAUGAUUCUGUGUCCCAGCCUAACCACGGGUUUAAAUUACAUGAGUUCACAGGUUCAUAUAUCCUUUCUAAGCUGUUACUCGUAGUCAUUUAACCAGAGUUCAGGCUGGGGCAUAUGCGUGUAUACAAAUGGAUAUCUGUAAUAUGCUUGUCUAAAUCCAGCCUCACUGGAGUGUCAUAAAUGUAUUCACCUUAUGGUUUCAAAAACAAAUGACAAAAUCCAUUCUUAAUCCGAAUAGGAAAUCCCAGUAAGAAGUCGGAAGGAAACAUCAUCUUAUCACAGAAUUAUAAAGAAGAUCAGAAUAUCAUGCAGCGCUCUAAUGGAGAAAACCAUGUUACUAUGAUUGUAUAUCCCUUACUUCUCAUUACAGAUCUGUCAUCUAAUCCUCCUAAUAAUGAGGAACCUUCUCCUGACCAAUCACAGAUUGUUACCACAAGUAAUGGGCAGAAAGAGAGUAAAAGAUUUGAAUCUGGGGAAUGUGGAAACCAGUAUAGGUCUGAUCCUCCUGUACACAGAAGUAGUUACACAGGAGAGAAAUCAUAUUCAUGUUCACAAUGUGGGAAAUGCUUUACUGGAAAAUCACAACUUGUUGAACACCAGAGCAUUCACACAGGAGAGAGGCUGCAUUUAUGUUCAGAAUGUGGGAAAUCGUUUUCAAGUAUAUCAAAUCUUGGGAAGCAUAAGAAAAUUCACACAGGAGAGAAGCCAUAUUCGUGCUCAGAAUGUGGAAAAUGCUUUAGAAGUAAAACACAUCUUGUUAUACAUGAGAGAAUUCAUACUGGAGAAAAGCCAUAUUGCUGUUCACAAUGUGAAAAAUGUUUUAGAUAUAGAUCAGAUUACAUUACACAUGAGAGAAGUCACACAGGAAAAAUAUACUCAUGUUCAGAAUGUGAAAAAUGCUUUCUAAGUAAAUCUGGUCUUGUUAUACAUGAGAGAAUUCACACAGGAGAGAAGCCUUAUUUAUGUUCAGAAUGUGGAAAAUGUUUUAUGAGUAGAACAAGUCUUGGUCGUCAUGAGAUAAUUCACAAAGAAGAGAAGGCAUAUUCAUGUUCAGAAUGUGGAAAAUGUUUUUCAAGUAAAUCACAUCUUGUUAUACAUGAGAGAAGUCACACAGGAGAGAAGCCAUAUUCAUGUUCAGAAUGUAGAAAAUGUUUUACUCAGAAAGCAACUCUUGUUAAACAUAAAAGAAUUCACACAGGAGAGAAGCCAUUUUCAUGUUCAGAUUGUGGGAAAUGCUUUACAAAUCAAUCAGGUCUUGCUAGACAUGAGAGAAAGCACACAGGAAAGAAGCCAUAUUCAUGUUCAGAAUGUGGAAAAUGCUUUACCCAGAAAUAUGGCCUUGUUACACAUGAGAGAAUUCACACAGGAGAGAAGCCAUAUUCCUGUUUAAGAUGUGGGAAAUGUUUUACAAGUAAACACAGUCUUUCUAUUCAUGAGAGAAGUCACACGGGAGAGAAGCCGUAUUCAUGUUUAGAAUGUGGAGAAUGUUUUGCCAGGAAAGCAUAUCUUAUUACUCAUGAGAGAUUUCACAAAAGAGAGAAGGCACAUUCAUGUUCAGAUUGUGGAAAAUGUUUAGUAUGUAAGUGAGUGCUUUUAAAACAUGAGCAAUUUCACUUAGGCAACAAGAAAAAUUCAUGUACAAAAUGCGCAGAAUGUUUUACCAAAAAAUCUAGUUUUGAUCAACAUCAAGGAAUUCAGCAGGGAAGCUGUAUUCAUGUUCAGAAUGUGGGAAAUGUUUUACAAACAAAGAAAGUCUUGAUAAGUCAAUUAGGAAAGAAGAUAUUUUAUGUUUCUACACUAUGUAAUAACCACCUAACAGUUUUCUCAAG